UGCGCAUGCCCACUAGAGAGCGCAGCUUUCCGUUUCGACUCAACUCCGACAGCCUGCCUGCCUUCGGGCUUUGCAUGUGAAAUAAAUAUGACAGAGUCGCACACGCACAAACGUCGACCAAAAUUGGAGGCUGACGGAGGAGCAUCCCCACCAGCCAACAACGACACUCUGGGUGACUCCCCCGCAGCGCUUCCAAAGCUGCUUGCUGCAUGUUUUUACGGAGUCAGUUCUUUUCUCAUCGUCGUUGUGAACAAAAGUGUCCUCAGCGGCUACAGAUUUCCCUCAUCAACAUGUGUUGGAAUUGGUCAAAUGCUGGCGACGGUGGUGCUUCUGCGGGUUGGCAAAAUGUUGGGCGUCAUUUCCUUUCCAGAUAUCAACUCAAGUAUACCACGCAAGUUAUUUCCACUGCCCCUACUCCAUGCCGGCAAUCAGAUCUCCGGACUGUUUGGGACUCAGCGACUCAAUUUGCCCAUGUUCACAGCUCUGAGAAGGUUCAGCAUUCUCUUGACCAUGCUGUGUGAAGUCAUCCUGCUCAGAAAGACGUACUCGAGGCUUAUCAAAAGCGCCGUCUUUUUGAUGAUCUUUGGCGCGUUGAUAGCCGCCAGCGCCGACUUAGCGUUUGACCUGGUGGGCUACGUCUUCGUAAUGCUCAACAACGUGCUCACAGCUGCCAGUGGUGCUUACAUGAAGCAGAAACUGGAUGCCAAGGAUCUGGGCAAAUUUGGACUUCUCUACUACAACGCUCUGAUCAUGAUUGUACCCACCGUAGCGUACGCGUACUACACCGGAGACUUAAAACGGAGUUUGGCGUUUGACGGCUGGUCGGAGCGGCUCUUCCUUACGCAGUUUUUGCUUUCCUGCGUUCUGGGAUUGGUCUUGAUGUACUCCAUCAUGCUGUGCACGCAGUACAACUCGGCACUCACCACCUCCAUCGUGGGCUGCGUUAAGAAUACUGUGGUGACCUACGUGGGAAUGCUCUUGGGUGGCGAUUACGUUUUCUCCUGGACAAAUUUUAUCGGUUUGAACAUCAGCAUCACGGGGAGCCUCGUGUACUCCUUCAGCACCUUCACUCAAGAACACACAAAAAAGGCGCGGUGAUGCUCAAGAGGUCUGCCUUGAAGAAAGACACCCAGCAGUUUGUCAACUUUAUUACAAAGCGCCGCCAAUUUAUGAUCAUACUUUGGACUUAUUUUUCCUGGGGUUAUAUUAACUCGGCAUUGUUUUUAUUUUUGAUCAAAUAUAACCUAGUGUUUU